AACAUUAAAUAUAGAUGAGCGAUAACACGAGAAUAUAAUGUUUUUGACAUUUUUUUUCUUUAAAAACCGUAUUUUUCAAUUAUUUAUAAGAUAUUCAUAUUGAUUUACUUUUGAUGCGCAUGACGAUUUGUAAUAACUUCCAUUGUUAACACAAUACCGGCUUAAAUGUAGUCGACUUCAUUGCGCGUCAACAGAAUUUCAGACGCACGGAAUUCAAACUUUCGUUACACGUCUUAGUUCCCAUUGUCAUUUGAUGUCCGAUCAAACGUUGCGUUCGGCAUCAUGUCGUCGUCGUUGUCAUCUUCCGCCGACAACCAGAACGAGACUCAGUCCAGACUGUAUUUCCUCAACGAACAGUUACAGAAAAUGGUUAAAGAACUACCUAGGAAAUACCAACAACGUAUUCCCAACGAAUUACUGUGCGAACUAGCUGAAUGUCUUUUGGAUGAGACAUUAUAUUCAAUUGUCAAAGAACUGACUGAUAUACAACAUGUAACCGAAAAGCAAAUGUUUCAAAAACGGUUAGAAAUGAUUAACAAACAUUCUGUCGGUAUACAAAAAUUACUCAAGUCUGAUUUAGUUGAACCAGGCAAGACUGAAACAAGAUUGAAACUUCAAGCUGAACAUCGGAAAAAUUUAAGAGAUUUUGAUAAAAAAAUAGUAACUGAACUUGAUGAAAAGAGACGAGAACAACAAAACACAUUGCAUAUGGCUGGUGUACCUGGAUUUGAUGUCACCGAUGAUGCUAGUCGUAUUCAAGUGCAGAUACGUUUAUGUGAUUUUAUAAUAAGAUUAAGUUUGAUUGAUAAAAAAUCAACUGAUAUGUAAAAAAAACUGUUUUGAAAAGAAUA